GCAGGUAACCCAGUCCAGAACGAGGAGACGGGUCUGACAGAGUUCAGACUGACGGGUCCUCUGCAGUACCUCACCUGGUACCACGCCGUGGGGCUGGUCUGGAUCACCGAGUUCAUCCUGGCCUGUCAGCAGAUGACUGUGGCUGGAGCUGUGGUCACCUACUACUUCACCAGGGACAAGAACCGGCUCCCGGUGACUCCGAUCCUGUCGUCAGUCCUGCGGCUCGUCAGGUAUCACCUGGGAACCGUCGCUAAGGGAGCCUUCAUCAUCACGCUGGUCAAGAUCCCCCGACUCUUCCUCAUGUACAUCCACAACCAGCUGAAAGGAAAGGAGAACGCGUGCGCUCGCUGUCUGCUGAAAACGUGUAUCUGCUGUCUGUGGUGUUUGGAGAAGUGCCUCAACUAUCUCAAUCAGAAUGCAUAUGCAGCCACAGCCAUCAACAGCACCAGUUUCUGCACGUCUGCACGUGACGCCUUUGUGAUCCUGGUGGAAAACGCUCUGCGCGUCGCCACAAUCAACGCUGUCGGAGACUUCGUGCUCUUCCUGGGGAAGAUCCUGAUCAUGACGUCGACAGCGUUCGCCGGCGUCCUCCUCCUGAACUACCAGCGGGAUUACGCGGAGUGGCUGCUGCCUCUGAUCAUCGUAUGUCUCUUCUCCUUCCUGGUGGCUCACUGCUUCCUGUCCAUCUUUGAGAUCGUGGUGGACGUCCUCUUCCUCUGCUUCGCCAUCGACACCAAGUACAACGACGGCACUCCUGGGAAGGAGUUCUUCAUGGACAAAGCUCUGAUGGAGUUUGUGGAGAGCAGCCGGCGGUUGGAGCGGGCGGUGGAACGUGGGCGGAGCCGGGUGAAGGAGGCGGUAUCAGAGGGAGCGGAGAUGAAGCCUAUGGUGAGUGACAGCGGAGGGGGCGUGGCCAGGCAGAAGAGCUCAUCGGUGGGAGUGGGCCUGGACGGAGGUGGGGGGGAGUGGGAGGACCUUCAGGAGUUCCAGGUGUACUACCUGCUGGUCGGGGUGCUGGUGGACUGGGUGCUAACGGAGCAGAGCGACUUCGUCCUCUGUCUCAGCGAGGAUGUCGUCCUCUUCCUCUGCGUCUACCUGCCCACCUCCACCCUCUUCCUGUUUGUCAGCUUGCUGCACACGCCAAGCCCCGCCCCCUCCACACCUAGCAAGAAAUCAGCCGCCGUCACCGCCACAAGCUAACACACGUGCUAACGGACACGUGCUAACUGGUGCAUGCUAACUGACACAAGCUAACAGACAAAUGCUAACAGACACACACUGUCCUGAGCAUGCUGAUUGGACGAACACUGAUGCAUGUUAACCUGACUCAUUCCCUUCAUCAUCAUCAUCAUCAUCAUCAUCAUCAUCAUCACAGCUGUUUCUUCCUCAUCAUCAGGGACCAAACUCCUCACUGACUUUAUGUUUAUUUGUAAUUUAUUUUUUACUUUUGUAUCUUUAUAUUUUUAAAGGUUUUUUUUUUGUAUUUAAAGGUUGUUGGUUGUUUUUUUUUGCAGCUGUUUGUGUUUAUUCAGUUUGGCCUUAUUACCUCACCGUGGUGCUUUCAAGGACUCAGCAGAUAAUCAGAUAACUCAGAGAUGAAGCUUCAGGUUUGUGUUUACAUGAACAUUAUGUUUCUGAUUGUGGUCAUUAAACUAAAGUGACAGGCGGAGCUCUUGCUGCUGUAAAGGAAGACUUACACCCAGGCCACACUGCCUGCGUGAACAGUGCGUGACGGCUUACACACAGACAGCAUGGCCACUGCAACCCAGUCUCUCUCCAAAGUCAUCAGAAACCAGUGUUUGGUCAGUAUCUUCUGGCAUCAGACACUGACAAAAAAAAGCCGUCCUUUCACAUUAGCAUGAUACACAGCUGGUCGCCGUUAUAGUUUAACAGCACUUGACGGCAUCAGGGGAAUACGCGGUGUGUGUGUGUGUCGGCUAAACGCAACCACGUGUGUGUUGUUGAAGGAAAAAAACAUCAGUUGGUGGUGUUGUACCGACGUAGUGCUUUUAUUUUGAAAGAGACUGUAUGCAAACUGUACAUUUCCUGUGAAAACAGAAGUGUAUUUUGAAAACAGACAAUGCAUGUAACAGGCUGAAGUUGACACGGCGUCCCAGAACGUCAACAACCAACACACCCAGGGUACCUUGGACGUCAUAUGUGGACGUGGAAAGUCCAUAACCAAACGUGGACAUGUGAUGAGGUCGCAGUGAGGACGUGAUGCUGCUACAGAGCUACAUGUUGCUAUAAUUACUCUGUUUCUACAAUUAAAAGCCGUUACUCCACUCAGUUAUUGAGCCAUGCAGGCAACUGCGUCAUCAACAACACAUUCAUGACAAUAUUUCAAAAUAAAAAGCCUCUUGUUGAGAAAUGAAGGGACUCUGUCCACAGAAACUUUGUCAGAGGACUUUUAUUUUGAAAUGUAAACAGGAAAUGUUGAGUUAGAAAAUAUUUAUGACACUGAAACUGUAGUGAAAAGGUAAUGUCAUACAUAUAAUUAUCAAAAGACCAUGUUGACCGUCUAGUUUUGCUGACACCACGCACAUCACAAGGAAGAAAUAGGCGACACUCCAAAUCUGUAGAUGUUCCACACCUGAGUAGCGCUGCUCACGCAGGUGGUGUGGCUGCUCUAACCUGUUCACAGGGGCGCCUAAAAGAAAAUACAAGAGGUUUUGAAACACACGUGCUCCUUACACGGCGACCUCGCUCAACUGCUGCGACUCACGCACUUGUGGUGUUCACACAGACAGCGCUGCAGCAGAAUCAUACAGUUUCUUCAAAAACUGUCGUGAAGGUGGUGUAAUGUCACUGUGUUUAUCAAAACACAAUUUUUAUUGUCUGUUUUUGCUGAACUGUGCGCGUCACACGGUAAAAUAGGCAAGAGUCCAGAUCUCUAGAUGUUUGGCAGUUGAGCAGCAGCUGAGCCACACCUGAGCAGCGCUGCUCACGCAGGCGGUGUGGCCCGGGUGUAAGAGACAAAAUCUAGUGCUAUAAAAGUCGUCCAGGACCUGGAUAUAACGUUGUGUAUUUGAAGGUGUCUGCUGGGUCCGAGCUUCCUGCACACGUCCAGUUGUGUCAACUGGUUUCUGCUCUGCUCCCUCACCACCUGAUUCCCAUGAUGCUUCACUCUCACCUCCAUCCCCCUCCUGACCCCGUCACUGCCUCCAUCCUGUCUGUUUGAUCAUCAUGAAGAACAUUAAAGUUUUAACUGUGUGGCCUCGUUUCCUGUUUCAGGCUCCGGGGACGAGUUCAGCUUGACCAAAAUCAGCCAAUGGGACUUCUUAAAAAGAAAAGAGACAUUCCAAAUGUUUAUUUUUACCAACGUGUAACAUGUUUACUAUGGUUUCACUCCAGGGAAAACAAUAUUUUAAUAAGAAACUGUAAAAACGUAACAAUGUAAUGAAGCACUUUAUAUUGAAGCGCUGCAGAUUUUAAACCGGCUGAUGCAUUUUUUCGUAGUGAUGUCCUUUUUUAUAAAACGACAGCAUCUCGUCUCUGAACUCAUCGCUCACUCUUCAGUUCACAACACUUUUACAGCCAAGCAACUUUUUCUUUUUUAUAACUGGUUUUGUUGUGGAGACACGACCUGGACUCCAUGUUGGAUCAGGAACGCUGUGAUGUCAUCAGAGGGGCGGAGUCUCUGGACAGGUGGGACCUCUGAUUGGUGGAUGACUGGUGUCAGAGGACGGGGGGGUCAAAGGUCAGCUGAUCAGGUUUGAUCUGACGGGACGCACUGCGAGCAGGUCGAUCAAUACAUGUGAUUUAUUUGUGAUGAACAACUAAAUAUCCAUCAGAUCAGACUCGAACUGACCAGAGACAGUUUGACAUUCAGUGUCUGUCACUGGUUCAGAAACACCACUGCAGAAACACACACUUGAAAUCUUAAACCAGUAAAACAUCCAUGUGAUGACUGUUAGUCACGUGUCUCCAACGCACGUCUUUUAUAUAAAUGUUCAGCAGCAGGUUGUUUUUAUGACCUCACAGUCGUCUGCUGUCGGUCUGAAUGAUGACGUUUAUCCAGUUCGUAAAUUUAGUAUUUUUACAGACAGCACUGUUUAAAAAGAGCAGAGAUCUCCUCUUCUUUAUGCUGCCUACAUUACCCAUGAUACACCUUUCCCUCUGACUAUGAGCAGCCAAUACAGCCACAGCAGUUACAGAUAUUUGAUAUUUAUAAUCAGAGUUAAUGAAUCUUUUGCCAAAACAGCAAACCUCCUUGUUCAUGCUGUCAAGUGCUUUCUGAUUGGAUGUUCCCAAUUUACGCAUUAAAAGUUCUGGAUGUAACUUUCGCAAAUUCUUAAUAUUAGUGACGCCUCUCUUUGAGGCCAUUUGGUGAACUGCAGUCAGCAUCCUGUUGCUGGUGCUUUGAUGCUCGUACUCCGUAGCCACGAGCUAGCACCUGGUCAUCAACCAAAACGUCAGUCUGUUUCCAUGACGGCAGAGAAAACACAUUUACUUGAAAUCCCUGUAAACAUGUCAGUGUGAGUGAAAUGGUCCUGCAGUGAAUGUGUCACAGUGGGACUAACACACCCAGAUCAUGUGACUCCUGCAUGUAUACAGUCAAUCAGACCCAAACUGGCCGAGGCGCUCUGAGCAUGCUCCACAGUUUCCGCCCCGGGCUUUGAACCAGAAGUCCAAUAGCAUUAAAUGUGUAAGAGAAGAAGAAGCCGGUAACAACAUGGAGAAAUCUACAUCCAGAGCCGUGACUUUUUGGACGGACCAAAUGUACAGAGCUGUAAAGUUGUCCACCAUGGUACCAGUUAGCUGCUAGCUAACCGUAGCUAACUUGUUUGUCCAUUGUUUGGUCUGUGACGUAAUAGGUCAACAGGAAAAAGGUCCAAUACUAACAAGUUGUUAGAAGCAGCCGAGGAAGUCGGGGAAGGUCUCGGUUUUUAAGUUACACAACAACCUGCUGAACACGUUGGAAAGUAGAAUGAUUAAUAAAAGUAAAAAGUUUCCAGCAGAACCUUUAAAUUCGUCUCCAGCUCAGAUGUUUCUGGUUACUGUUGAACCAGUUAAGUGAAGCUCGUUACUGAGAGCUCAUUGGAGGAUUUAUGACCUGCUGUUAGUUCUGGUCCUGGUCUGAUGGUAAAACAUUGACGUGGCUGUAAAGCAGAGUCGUCGUCAUAGAAACAAAAUGUGAUUGUCACUGGAACAGGAUUCUGAUUGGCUGUUGAUGGCUGAUGACGGUCAGUUCAGGUUGUGGUGACAUGUUGCUCACAGUGUGACGCCAUGUUUCAGACUCCACGUCUCUGCAGACUGCUACGACCUGUAAGGUGAGGGUCAUGUGACCAACGGGAUAGGCAACGUAGCAUUAAUACUAAUCUGCUAGCAUGUUUCCUGUAGCUGGCGGUACAAGCUGUUAGAUCAUGUUUUAGUUUCUGUCUGGAAACAUGAAGUUAAUCGGUGACGUCGAGGCUGUGUCUUCUUCAUGAGCUGAUAUUUCUGCAGACAGAUGACAUGUCAAUGUAACAUCUCUGAUAAAAGAAAAACUGUCGGUCAGUAGUUGUUUUUUAUCCUGUAAGCAGCUCUGUGGCAUUAACAUCUGUCUGUCUUUGUUUCAGACUGAAACAUCUCAACAUCUAUGAGACUGAAUCACAAUAACUUCUUGUUAGAAACCUGCAUCACGUACAGUAAAUGAAACACCGUCAAGCAAACGCUGCCUCUAACACUUCUAAGUUUUUAGCCACUUAGAAAAGGCCCACUAAAACCAGUCUGUCAGUUUAUUUGUAUAUAUGAAAUGUUAUACCUCUUAACCUUGCAGCCAGACGGCCUUUUCUGACAGGGAACUGAAGCGGUUUUAUCAAAGCCACAAGACUCCAUCGAUAACUAGAAUUACUGCCUCCAUGAACCCGUCAUGUUGCAGGUAGAGUCUCCAUCCAUGUCAGUGAAAACAUGGAUGCUUCACACACAGAAGAUCUAUACAAUCAGCACAGUUUCAAGAUUAGAGUCACCAAUUCAGAAUCUGACCAAAUGUCUAAUCAGGUCAUCAUUGACUCAAGUCGAACGUUUGUGCCAAAGUUUAAGACAGUCCCUCAAGGCGAUCUUGAGACACUGUGUUCAUGAGAAUGGGACAGAUGGAUGAUCGGACGGACAACCUGAAAACACAAUGUCUCCAGACAUGGCUGUCGCCGAUGGGGAGGCAUAAAAUCAGUGAAUUACGAAGACGGUCUACAGCGAUCAGUUAGUGUGUAACAUACAGUGGUGAAAUAAAUAUAUCGUACACUUAAACUGAUAUUAAUGUUUUGAGGUGUCUAAAAUACAUUUCACUAUGGCUCCGUCCACAGCAGGACGUUGUUUCUGUGCGGGUAGAUUUGAUCUACUGAAGACGCCAGCAAAGCAACACAGUUCAUAAAGAAACCACAGCAGAGACGUCAGAUAGUCAGAUCACCAUGUUUAACUAUAUCUAUCUAUACUAUAUCUUUAAAUGUUACAGUGACACCGUGUCCUAACAGGAUGUGAACGCCAAAGUAUCGCGUGACAUCAGAUGCUCUCUGUCCACACUGGAUCUGCUAAAUAUUGAACUCUGUCACCUCAUGUGAACAAAUAACUUACCGAUCAGCUGUGGUCUCAGAGCACGUAUGUCCUUAUUAUUCAUACUCACAACAAGACUAUCACAGGUAACUCCCAGACUGAAUCAUACCUCCAUCUCCACUUUGUAAAACAAGCUAGCUGUUAGCAUCCCACACAGUUUGUACCAGAAAUAUUUAUCUUCCUGUUGAUCUCCCUCCAGCCAGCUGCCACCUUAUUUAGGUUUUUGUAGUAAAAUCAUCCUGGAGGUAACUCCUCAUUAAACCUCGUGAAUCAGCCGCUCCUCGUCCACUGUGGCGCUUUUUAACAUGAAUGACAGAACAGAAAUAGAAACAACCUGUCUGACAAAAGUUAAGCUCAAAACAGCGCUCUCCAUCUCUUUGCCCCCGGCAGUUUGGACAGUCCAAUAAAAAACAAUGUAAUCAAACUGAUUUAGUCGCUGACGUUCACUCGUGUCAUUUCCAGGACGGACGCCGCGUUACGGCUGAAAAUGACAACAGAAAUAAACAAGUUUGCAGAGUUCAGAUUUUUUUCCACAAUCCAGAUAAGUUUUCUACCCAGAAGUGUUCGGACGACGUCACAGUGAUUCGGUCUUUUAGACGAACUGUGAUAAAAUGUUCAUUGUUCACGUUCCUCUCAGGAUGAAGCGUAAUAACUGGCGCCAUCAUCAGGACAUUUUAACGUGUCCUUUGGUCUAUGACCAAACACCCACAGAACUAACGACAUUCACAUCAGCCUCAGCUGGACUCUGUGUUUACUGAUAAUCAGCUAAUGUUAGCCUGCUAACAUGCUAAGCUAAGAUGGUGAACAUGGUAAACGUUAGCAUGUUUAGCAUUUAGCUCACUGAGUAUCAUGUCAUGUUUACAGGAGAGGUUUUUAGUUUGCAACAUUUAAAAUUUUGUUGAGUCCACGAUUGGUCAGAACGAAACAGGCUGAAGAGUCACGUGACUCUCACGCUGAAAGGUCGUAGCGGUUUGUUGAGUCUCACCGUAGUGGGCGGGGCUAAAAUGUUUUGUUGUGAUGUGGAGUUUGUAGAGGGCGUCAGCGUCCCGUCAGCUGAUCUGUGAUGACGAUGUUUGACAGUCAGAUUGUUGUCGUCUCCACACACCGUCACCUGGAUCCGACUUCCUGUCCCAGAGUUGGAUCUCCUCUUCACCAUCAAGUCAAAGCGUCAUCCCGUCACAAUCCAGAGAAGAAGUGUGUGGGUGGAGCUUCCUGGGGAGGUGACGGCUAAGUUCAGACAGUCAGCAAUAAAACAAACUGCAUCAUGUGACCACAACAACAACAACAGCAACAACAACAACAAGUCUUCCUGCUUCUGUUUGUUCAGCAUGUUCCAGGUUUAAAGCUUGAUGUCGAACACGUCGUCUGAGACAGGAAGUCGACUUUCUGAGGUUCAGUGUUCGACAUCAGUUAUUGUCCAACUGUCCAACACAAGGCAACUGAUUGGGCAACGAGUCAACGUCACAGUCUGUGAAAAAGCAGCUGAACGCUCAGAGAAAAUGCAGUAAACAGGCAACACCAUCAGAAAGGCGGAAGGUUGAUCUGUUGCCCGUCCUGGUUGCCCAACAUGUUGCCUUGUUGCCCUGCAGGUUGAAUCCAAACGUCCAGACCUUCAGGCUGAACCAUGGCACACUUAACUCAAUAUGAGUCACUUGUUUCCAUGGUGAUUUACUUAAGUUCUCAACUCUUUCUUUGGUUGAACUAAAACAGAUCUGCAGAUUAAAACAAACAGUCUGGAGACGUAAUAAAACUCAGAGCUCAGUGUGAGCGGCUGCUUCUUCAUUCUGCACUUUAGAUUUAAAGAUCCCCUGAAUGUGACUGAACGCGUCUGUCGUUGUUCCAACCCACUUUAGAUGAAAUAUGAAAGCGGACUGCCAGAUGACGAGGCCUGAUGAUUGACAGCCAGCUUACUGCUCGCCACCGCAUUUGAAAGAGACUGCAGUUAACUAGCUAGUGCACCCCUGGAUGUACCCACACAAAUUUGCCUUUCCUAGGAUAGCGAAGACAUGACUGUCCCUACUCUCACUCUCAUUGGCUAGUACUCGUUGCAUUCAUUGGUUGGAUAGGUCAGGUUUAGGUUUGGGUCUGUUUCCACAAAUAUGACAGCUACCGUAGUUUAGCACAUAGCAAUAUGGAUAGCUAAAUGGAAAUAUUGUUGAAUUUCAACCAGCUCUGAAUCGUCACAGUUUGUGCAGGCAAAAGUCAAGCUGACCUCCACUGGAAAAUGAGCUGUAGGGACUCGGCUGCACGGCAUGGGAGGGAAGCCAAACACCCGGAGCUCCACUGGUGUUCAGCAGACCUCUACUGGUGGAUUAGCAGGGAGCUCCCUGUGCUCACAGCAUCAGAGGAAGCCAAACAACGUUCAUCUGCACACACAGAGCUGGUUGAAAAUCUGCGAUGUUUCCUUUUAACAGCUGUAACAACUCAAAUUAAUCCAACAAAUUUAAGUGCAAACAGACAAACAGAGGGGAGGCAUACACUUGUAAACAAGACACAGAAACCCGUUAUACACUUCCUCUUCAAGGAGGGAAUCUCGUGCCAUUAUGCCGCCUCGCUGUUCUGUAUAAAAGGUACAAUCACAGAAUGGGGAGACAGAGUUGUCUCACCUUUUAGCCACCAGCAGAGGUAGUAACAGUGUCGAAUCAUUGUACAAAUAAAAGGGACAACCGACAGGACAGGUGUGACGUUUUGACGACGCGUUAUGUGUGUGAUCUCAAAUUUGAAAAGCAGCUGUUGGCAGUUAGCGGCUAACUCAAAGAAGAACAGCAGCUGUUAGCAGUUAGCAGCUAACUCAAACAAUGAGGUCCAGGAGCUCCUUACCCUAAUAAAGAGCUGCUGCGCGUAUGUUAUAUGUCACACUAGAGGCUGACGCUGUUGUGUUACAUGUCAUGCCUCUUUGGAUUCUGUGAUGUCAUCAUGCUGUCUGACAUCCCAUACUGGAGCCACAUGAUGUUGCCGUCGUUUGGUUCUGGGUAAAAAUACAAAGCAGGCGUAAAGAAGGGACUUUGUGGCGGCUCUAUAGCGCCGUCUCUGUGAAAAGGGUCAGAGAUACAUAACGGAGGCAGAGGGGAUGAGGGGACAUCAAAACCAACAUCCUGUCUGUAAGGACAGAGAUGAGAGAGCAAAGAGCUCCUCAAUGUUUUUUGUUUAAAGCUACUGAUGAGCUCAAGCGGUGCCGUUUCACAGGGCGCCCAGUGAGCUGCAGCGAUCAUCACGGCUGGAUGUCUGGCGGUCACUUUUGUCAUGUGUAAGGGGGCGUGGUUUCAUCCAGUGCGUUGGAAAAAGGACUGACGCAACUGAAACUGACCUGAAUGAUGUCAUCAUCAGGUUCGUGUUCCAAUCAGCUGUUUAAAUCAUUCUCACUUUGUUUCUGAUUCAUCAGCUAAACACUACAGCACCCAUGAGCCUCAGCAGCUGAUGCUAUGGAGAAGCAUCGCCCAGUGGUGUCUGAAUAAACGUGAUGCAGCGCCUCCACUCAGUCACUCACAGUCCUGCAGCUGAAAGAUCUCAGCUCACGACAGGAACAUGUCUGUAACUGUGAAUACGAUCACUCAGCCGUUGAUCGGAGCAGCUCUCAGGGUGGACGUUUGGAUUCAGCCUCGGACUGAUGUGACGGAGUCUAAAGUUCAAACAUCGACCUGCUGACGUGUUUCUGUAGAACGCUGCUGAGCGUUGUUCUGUGUGCAGUUUUAAAGUUUGUUUCCUGAGACGGGCAGCUGAUGUGUUUGACGGUUUUCAGGCUGCGACUGUUCCCAUCAUCACCUCCUGUCAGCCAAACACCUCCUUCGCUCCAACAGACAAACCGGUCAGAGUUUCAGCAGCGCCGAGACAAACUGAAGAGCCGCUCCUCUGAACACCCGCUCAGAGGAGGUUUUAGACUAAAACGAUAUCUCUUCAUGUGGUUUCCUUCUGUGCAGAAACUCGUGACCUCACUGAGAUUUAGCUUUGACAUAUUAAGAGCAUGUAUGUUUUAACCCUGUGGAUGCAGUGAGUCAGUGGUCACGGGACGUGAUGCUCCGAGCAUGUUAACUAAUUGCACUAAAGAUGGAGUUCCUUCAACACUGACGUCAGUUUAAAGUAGCUGUAAAGUAUUUUAGAUGAACAGUGUCGUAGCUCAGAUAUUAACACAUUUAUUCAUGUUCAGACGUCCCGAAAAAAACCCCCAACAACUUUAGGAGCAAUCGAUAGAAAUUUAAAAUCCUGCUUCAUUUAUUCACAAUGUUUAGUUUGGAUCACGUGACCGCUGUCGCCGGGCAGAUUAAUCUGUUGACUGCAGGAACUGAAGAGUUUCAUUCCAGCUGGAUUUAAUCCGGUUCUGAUCUGGAUCCUAACGCUGACAGACGUGGACCAACUUCAGGUUUUAUAAAGUUUAACUGUAAAAACAUCGACGUCUAAAACGACUCAUCAUCUCAUUUCGGAGAUUAUUCAGUAUUCAGAGUGAAGAAGAAUCAGUCUGAUAAUAAUCACGUUUCUGGGUGAUUAACGUUUGAAAUAUUUGUCAUAUUGUUGUUAUCACUCAAAUUUAAUUGUAUUAAUUUAUCCAUGAUCGGUGAGUUCAGAACUUUGACACAAGCAAUUAAGAGUAAACUGUGAGAAUGUGACUGGAGGUUAUUGAUCGUCUGAUUAAUCGUUAUUGAUUAUUAUUGAAUUAAUUCCAGCCCGUUGGAAUGAAACCUUUAGGCUCCUCCGUCACCUGCCAACCAAUAAUCUGCUUCAUUCACCAAAUCCAACCAAUCAGCUCGGAGGGGAGAAGCUCCGCCUGCAGCAGGUGUCAAUAUGUGGGAUGUGGGUGAGGGCCGCUCCAAUCAGAUCGUCUGUUCUGAUUAUUGAUCCAACAUCAUCUUAAUCACCUGAUCCCUUAGCAAUUGUUGAUUAGAUCAGACAAAAUCAAUGAUCUGUGAUCAGAUGGUCACUCACCUGGUGAAGGUGUGUAGAGGAGAUGACAUCACCACUGAUGUCAUCAGUGUGCCUGUCUGUGGUUGGUUGUUUCUGACGAGAAGCUGAUUCAGAGUCAGUUCUGCUUCUCGUUAGUUUACAUUGAUCAGGUUGUUAAAUAUCGACAGUGUCGACUGGAACAUCCCAAACUGUGGCGAACGUGUCCUUAAUAAUCUGCCUUCAGUCGCGGGUUUUUUAUUUUAUUCAGUUUUUUGGGGGGGGGGGGGGGGUUGAAAGCCUGCUGAUGUUGUUCUUUUGUCAGGAGCUUGGGAACAUAAGACACUGGGGACAUAAGAUAAUGGGAAGAUAGGACUCUGGGAACUUUGAGCCUUGGAAACACAGGACACUCAGAACAUAGCACCAUGGAAACAUAGAACACUGGGGACAUAACUAAGGACACAGGACACAGGGAGCGUAGGAUACAUAGGACCUUGGGAACAUAGGACACAGGGAACACAGGUCUGACCCAUAUGUUCCAGCCUCCUCUCGCCAUGAUCAGAUGAAUUUUGAUUUGAUUUCUCCUCAGAUGAAGGUUGGACGUUGGAGAGCAGCUGAUGGAGAACGUGUUGCAUGUCCAUGUUUUUCUGCUCUCUAUCACGGCGCGUCAUCUUCGUACGGUGUGAAUAAUCUGCUGUUAGAUUCACUAAAACUCUGAUAGACGCCUCCAUUUUGUUUCCGAUGUGACUCGUAGUCUCACUGAGGGACGGCGACAUAGCAAAAAGAACAAGUUAAGACUUUAGGCUGACACAUGAGUUUAACUGUCAGGUGUAACACUAGUGUUUAGCUUUUCUCUGCAGUAAGAAGUUGUUUGUAACAUUGAAGAACUUUUUUCUUUUCUUCUGGGUUGACUUUUUUAUAUUUAUCAUUUCUUAUGUAUAUUUGUUUUUUAAGAAAAA